UGGCGGUGAAUUGAGCCAAAGUCGCGGUGCUGUGCCAUCAGAAAAUGUAUUUUUCAUAGUCGCGCAACGUCUUUUAUUAUACUCUUUAUGUAUGCGACAGUGUAAUACGGAUUCGGGUCGCGUUAGACGAUACACUGUGCAUGUAAAUAUGAGUGUAACGAAGCACAACGUUAUUUCGAAGGUGACACCCCGCAACUCGGUGUGGUGCUCGACCACGUAUGGCAGAGACUAGAAUCCGAGAUAAGGAAGCUCUGCUUCGCCUAAGUAAUAUACGUAUCGCAAAUCAAAAUUACCACCAAAAAGUAGCGAUGUGGUGGUUACCCAUCCCGAACUGUGAAAACAUAUAUGCAAAAUUCAAACAUUUUAUCAACCGUUGUAACUUGUGAUCGUAUAUGUGUGCCAAACAAAAAUACAUAAAAGGGCAUUGAAAAAAUCCAAUGGUUUCCUGACAUAAUGGAAAGUAAAUUAUAUGUGAAAAAUGAGCCGGGACUGGACGGGCAAUCACUUACAAAUCAACAACCAAACCCAUCUUCAGAGGAUACUAGUGGAGCUAGGGUUUGUUUUGUUUGUGGUACAAUAAGUCACGGAGAACAGUAUUGGCUUAGAGUAAAGCCAAGUCCAGGCGGUGCACCAAAUGAACCUUACUUUCCAUUUCUUGAAUCCCAUGAACCACCUGCUGGCUAUCGUGGGGAAGGAGCUAGAAGUGGAACAGUUAAGGCAUGCAGUCUUUGUUAUGCCUUGCUGUUGCAACAAUGGGAGAGUUAUGAACAAGAUGCUAGACCUCAUAGUCAACGAAUUUAUUGGUUGAAACGAUGCGAUGGAGGGCCUUUUACGGGAGCUGAGAUGGCUCUUCAGGGAGAAUAUGCGGCUCAAGUUCUGGGAUUGACCAAUGACCAAACCCCGCAGCUCAGACCUGAAAAUCGACCGAUUGGAAUUUCUCCGCGACUUCCGCUAAAUUCACCAUCGCCUAGAGUGGAACAGACAAGACCACCAUCGAAUUCCAUUGAGCUGCCAAGGCCACAUUCUAACACGGCUGAAACGCACAGACAUCUGGAACAAGCAAGGCUUACAAUGGAAUCUCCCCAUCAAAGACUGCAAUCGCCGCAUCAAAGGUUACAAAGUCCUCGACAGCCUGUGGAAGAUUCAAGAAUAUCAAACGAGGCGGCAUUAGAUUUGAGACAUGCACCGAGGAGUUCACCUGCGCCACAACCAACUUUGCCACCACAACCUCAACCCAUUUAUAGCGGUGGAUCAACGUCGAGUACCGGCACAGAUAUUUUAGAUCUUUCGAUGCCAGACAAAAAUUCAGUUACGGAAGUUUGUUAUGUGUGCGGAGACGAAUUCAAAAGAGGGUCACUUAGUCAUAUUGCAGCAAAACCACUGCCAAUCCCACCACAUCCUUCUGCUAGUCCCCCGCCAUUUUUUCCUUCGCUAAUGCUUCAUCCAAGACCAAGCAGAAGUCGACCAAUGGAUAGCGCCGGUCGUGUCCAAGCUUGUUCAGCAUGUCAAAAUCACCUUCUGCUACAAUGGAAGGCAUAUACCCGGCAAGGAGUCCCGCAUGGUGAUCGAAAUUACACGCUUCGUAAACGACAAGCACCUGCUAUGGAUACAACUACUUUUAUUUGUUAUACUUGUGCGCUUGAGUACCCUUCGUCCAGUAUUAGACUUCUUUAUUGCUGUCCUAAUCCCGAGAAGGAGGCGUACUACCCUUUUAUUUAUUCUCUGAGACCUCCACCAGGAGCUAGUCCUAUUAGUCCUCAGGGAAUGGUGCAAGUUUGCUCCAUUUGUUACAAAGCUAUACCACAAAAACAGCAAGUAUUUGGUGGAGAAAAUCACGAAGCUCAACCGUCUGGGCAGAACGUAGAUUUUCGUCAACAAGGUCCCUCUCCAAGACCCGCAGUGGCAAAAUCUCCAGCUAAUUCUGCUGGUAGUGAUAUUCGUUUCAAACCAUACGAUUUGAACAAAUCUAGCGUUGCUACGAAUAAGCAACGCAGCGCAACCAUAAAAGGAUCCACUCCAGGACAACGAAACUCUCCUAACAACGGUCCUGCCGAGAAUGGAACGGUUGCUCUUGGCCAAAAUUAUAGGUGCUAUAUUUGUGAGAGACUGUAUCCUCGCUCUCACAUGGAAUGGUUAUCCACAAGUCCAGAGGGAAUGAAUUCACAUGCUAUGCAUUUUCCAUGUUUACGUGGAAUGGCACGUACAUCAGAAAAUGCUUGCAUGGAUAGUCAUGGCAGAGUGUUAGCUUGUAGUCAUUGCGUGAAUCAUCUUGCCCAACAGUGGGAAAGCAUGGAUGCUGAACGAGUUCCUUUAGAACAUCGCAGGUAUGAUAUUCCUAGUCCACAUCCAAAUGGCGAUGUGAAUCGAUCAAUCGCCACCCCACCGAGUUCUAAUUCAGAUCGAACGUUUGGUAGUAACCCAGGCACAUCGAGCAGUUCUAUAUAUUGUUUCUUAUGUGGCUUGCAUAGUGAUUUGACUCUCGCAAGAGUGUUGUAUGGUCGCCCUCAGGGCCGUAAUGCACCGUUUUUCCCUGAAUUACUGCGCCAUCAGUCUCCGCCAAACGCUGAACAACUUAGAGAAGAUGGUUCUGCGUUAGUAUGCACAUUCUGUUACCAUUCUUUGUUGGCGCAAUGGCGUCGAUACGAAUCUCUUCCCAGUGGUCAACAAGUAAAUGCUGCAGAGAGGCAAUAUAAUACGCAUGAUUAUUGCUGUUACGUUUGUGGUAUCACAACGUACAGAAAGCGAGUCAGAGCACUGCUCGUAAAGGAUUUUCCUUUCUUGAGGUAUCACAGACAGCCUGAAAAGAGCCUUUUAUUGGAAAACGGUGAUUUCGCAGUGGUCUGUUUGGAUUGUUACGAAACAUUGCGCACUCAAAGCCUUGAAUACGAACGAUGGGGCUUGCCCGUUGAAAAACGCGAAUAUAAUUGGAUAGUGCAACCUCCGCCACCAGAGGAUAGUCCUGAUGCGGCUGUCGCGAGAUUGCCAUCCGGAGAAAGGUCUGAGAAGGUGGUUCCAUCGACUUUAACGGUUAAACCUGCACGAAAAAACUGUUCCCCGAAAGCACCGGAUAAAAAAGUUCCGGCAAAGGUUCCAGAAAAAGAACAAGGUCUUCAGCCUGCCAGCACCAAAGCGCAACCUACCACGAUCAGCAAAUCUCAUAGACCCAGUUCUGGCGUGUUACCUCAGGGUCAUACCCCUGGUCCUGGUCCAGGUGGCCAACAAAAUAGCAGAAGUUUUGCCGCCGCUCUGAGAAACCUGGCUAAACAGGCAGGGCCGGCACCUCAGGAAGAAGAACCUCGCGCGAGUCCCAAAAAUCGAGCCCCACCUCCUCUGGUUAGAGGUCCUUCGCCUGCCAAGGAACGAUCCACGCACGAGAGAAGACCAGAAGAAAUUCCCUCGUUAUACACGACUGCGAGACCCGCGGAUACCAGCAAACAUAGCGUGACUGCCGCCGCUUCCGAAUUGUUGGCCCGAUCCGGUUUUCAACCGUACCGGCCUGAGCAUCAUCCGGCCCACGCUCCACCGGCUUUCGCUCUCGAUCCCGCGGCCUACAAUCCUUAUCACCACGGUCUCUACCCACCGCCACACCUUCAACACGCUUAUAGAUUAGAAGAACAGUUGUAUUUGGAACGGUGUGGAAUGCUGAGACCGCCAUUAUUUCCUGGGUUACCUUCGUAUCCUCUGUACGGACUAAGAUAUAGUCCGGACAUGUUACCGCCCGCAUCCCUCGGACUCAUGUCUCCCGUGAUGCACGAGAGACUGAAACUGGAGGAGGAGCAUCGGCUGAGGCAAGCACGGGAACAAGCCGCGCUGCGCGAGGAGGAGGAGAGGAGAAGAGCGGCACGAAAUUCCGCUCCUGCCGCCCCGGUACCCGCGCCUGCACCUGCAUCCGCCGAUACUGCAGCUAGGAAGCCGACCAUAGCGGCUCAGAUGCAUAGCGAGCGGGAGCGAGAACGCGAGAACAGAGAUCGUCCAAGCGGGAGCAGUAGCGGCGGAGGCGGAGGCGGAAGUGGCGGUGGUGGCAAUAGCAGCAGCACGGGCACCAACAGCGGGAGCAACGCGGGUAACGCUAACGUUGGAUCCGUCGGUAACAGUCACCAUCGCGUCGAGUCGAGGAAAGAAGAGCAACAGUCUUCGGUUCCUCCUCCUCCUCCUCCGACAGUAGCACCACCACCGCCUCCACCACCACCGCCGCCACCACCACCGCCACCACCAUCGUCGGAUCCAACGGCAACGGCGAACAUCUAUCACUCUCGUUUGCCACCGUUUCCAAAUCCACCGGCUCCCAUUGGACCGGCAUCGUUGGCCACGGCUACCAUCUGCUCCGUCAGCACCGCGGCCAUGCCCCCUCUACCCCCCUUGAACCUUGGACCUCCGCCACCGAUAAGUUCCGCGCCUAUCGGCGGCCCUCCACCCAUCCCCUCUAUACCCUCUAUGUCAUCGUUGACACCAGCGGUAAUAGGUCCGCCGCCCCCACCAUCCCUCGCCAUGCCCUUGGCGCCUAUCAUCUCCAUACCUUCCCUCCAUUUACCCUCCGUACCCUCAACUACCAUUCAUUCUAGUCAGCACACAGCUACGAUAAUGAGCAGCGCGACGACUACGGUCACGACUUCUAUAUACCAUCAGCAACAACCGCAACAACAACAACAACAACAGGUGCAACAGUCGCCACAAGUGCCGCCAUUACCACCACCACCGCCACCACCGCCGCUACCACCACCAGCAUCAUCGUCGCAACAAUCGCAUCAACGCGGUAAUAAUAUGAGCUCAGCUGGUACAACAACGAGCAACAACGGUUUGUCGAGCAGCGGCACCAUGACAAGCCACGGAACACACGUUGUAACGACACCCACCUCGGUUCCCUCGACUAUGAACAGCGCGAACCAUAUGACCACCUUGACCCACAAAUCGCCAUCGCCGUUGUCUCACGGUAUUCAUAGCUCGAGAAACAAAGACAACGGCGCAACCGCGACCAGCACGACGGCGAACGCCUCCAACACGAGCGCCAGCAGUAACAACAGUAACAGCAUCAUCAUCACCACCACUACCAUCACUACCACCGCGAUUACUAUGGUCACCAGCACGAGCACGUUGGCUACAACUCAACCGGCUUUUGUCAGACCUUUCGAGGAUUCCUUUCGCUCCUCGUCGAAGCCCCAGCAAAGGAUUAUCGUGAACAGUCACAAUCACAGCAUAUCGAGUCAACUUUCUUCUUACCAAGAAUCGUCGAUAAAAUCGGCCUCUACAACGACCACGUCCCAAACAAUCGGGGGACAAUUGUGUUACGACAACGCUGUCGUCGAUAACGCGAAAAACGCGAAUUCUCAGCAAUCCCUGUCACAUCCGAUCCCCUAUCCUCCUCAACAGUUUCAUCAUCCCCAUAUACCCGUCUCGCACGUAGCCAAUUUGUACAAACCGGCCCAUUUUUCUUCGUCGUCGUCAUCAUCGCAGCCUCAUCAAGUCCACUCGCAGCCAAAGAUUAACGUAUCGUCGACCACGUUGACUACUAACAGCGGUGGUAAUAGCGCGAGUAGCAACAACAGCGCCCCUAUGGUCAGUAAUACGAAACAAAGCGUGGUGCAUCAUGGGAACGAAAGUAAUCAAACUACGGUGACAACGUCGGGCCAGCGGAACGAAAUCUCGUCGUCGUUGUCGUCGUCGUCAUCGUCUUCAUCGUCAUCGUCGUCAUCGUCGUCGUCGUCAUCUUCGUCGCCCCCUUCGACCACGUCCAAUCUCGUUAAUUGCGUUUCCAGCGAGAAAAUGGGUGGAAACGCGAGUUACAACAAUAUCGUGGCCGGGAAUGGGAACAAAAUCGCGAAUCACGCGAAUUCGCAUCAUAAAACCGGCAUCUCGGAUACGUCGACGAGGGAGAGCGGCAAGUUAGUUAACUCGUGUAACGAGAAGAUGGAGAAUCACGGGAAGCAAACGGCGGCGAGCCAUCAGAAUCACGUGGGAAAGAAUUCGGUUGUUCAAGAGAAACCGUUGAUCGUCACCCACUCGACGUACGAGCAACAAGGGAAAGGCCCGCCCCCUACUUUCCAACCAACGAACGUCAACUUCAAUCUCGCCGAGAAGGAGAUGAAACCUGAAUCAGAGUCUAAGAGCGAUCAGAACAACCUGUUGUCCACAUUAUCGUUUCAACCGAAUUUUAAGUUCAGCAUAAACGACAUCGCGCAGAAGCCUAUAGAUACGAGCCAGUUGAUGCAGAGCAUCAAGUCUGAGGAAGUUUUGCGUACCUGUCAGAACGUGUCCAAUGUUCUCCUACAGAUACCAAAAUACCAAGAGAAACUGUUGAAUUUCUCUAACGAGCUGAAAACCGCAUUUUGUUUCACCGACAAGUGCAAUAAUUUGACUGAGAUUUCCGUGAAGUGCGAACCGGCGGUGUUAAAUGUGCCUGACUUGAGCAAGGCUCUGGUCAAACAAGAGAUAACCAGCGAAAAGUCUUUUCUUGUACCUGAGAAGCCGAAAGAGUUGACGUCCUCGUUGGAUCUUGCCGAAAGGAGAAGGAAAAGGAAACGGGAGAGGAAUACAGGUCUUGCAUGUAGUUCGGAUUCGGAAGGCGAGGAUGAAACGAAGGAUGUGGAUCUUUGGAUCAUCAAAGGUCCACCGGCAAAAUUACAGUAUUCUGAGAAGAAACUCGCAUUCCUCGCCAUGUUCGGUCUAACCACUUUAAGUAUGAGGAACGAAAUAGAGCUUUGUAAAGUGGAGAAGAGGUACAGGUUAAAUCCAGAUCCACCGGAAGUACCUUUGGAGACGGAACAAGUGGUAGAAUCUGUAUUACCAAUACCGCGGGAACAUCCGGACGUAUUACUCCAUACACCAGAUUUCGAGCCGAAAGUUGGUUUUCUCAGGACUAUAGGCCUUGAUAUAAUGCCUCCGAACAGGAGAGAUGAGGCAGAAGUAACGUGGCAAUACGUUCUGCAAGAUCGUAAGAAACGGAAAUGUUCCAAUUCCGUGACUGCGUAUUGCGAAAGAAUUGCCAGGGCGUAUUCGAAGAAUCCACCAACAUUGCCUAAACCGCCGCAAAAGAUGAGGCUUUUGGAUAGAGUAAAAGUGAAACAAAUUCCAGAACGACCACCGCCUCUACCACCUUUGGUUCCAAACAUUAUCUCGAUGGGUUAUCCCUCUUUGCCUAUGCCCGGUGAAAAUGGGGUGAAACAACAUUGCAAGAUUAUGGAUAUGAAGAUCAUGGAUGAGAACAUGGAUGUAGAUUACGUGGAUGGAAAGAAAGAAAGACCUAAAUGGACUGGCAUCGAGGAUAUCAUCCUUGCUUAUAGCGAAUAUUCCAAAGAAAAAGCAUUGGAAAAGAAAAUUUUGACGAGCGAAACAUCAAAAUUGGUAGCACAAUCGAACAACUUACGUUCCGAGACCAUUCAUCUAGAGCGAAGGAUAUACGAACUUUUAUCCGCGAGAACAGCUCUUGAUUCGGAAAGGCGAAUGUUGAGCGAGAAAAUCGAAAGGAUUAACGCACUUGUUAGGAACCUUAGGUAGCGAUGCGUAACGCACAACACGGAAACUCAUUCAUCUGUGAUAUUAUCGAAGGGUUAAGGGUCGUUAGCAUACCAAUACCAAAUAUAAAAUCUUACAAUUAUAUUUAGACAAGCGAAAAUUCGAUGAAACAAUUUUAUUGACCAAUUGUUAAGCAACCUUUCGGUUUUAAUGACCAAAUGGAUACCACGAAAUGAUGUUAUACAUAUAAUGCAGAAUAUAAAAUUGCAAUAGCAACGGAUUGAUACUACGAUCGGUCGUGAAGCACACCUUUAUAUUUCGUAAAUGAUCCUCAUAUCAACACAACGUAUGAGACGAGUGUGUAAGAAGAUUAUAAAAAUUAUAUCUAAAUAUACAUGCACUUCUUAGUUCACGACUGAAGUAGUUAAUAAAGAUUUUAUAGUUUUAACUAACGGCUCUUAGACUCUAAACUAUAAAUAAUUGUAAUUUGUAUCAUAAUAUUUUAAUGAAAAAUAGACAAAUCGUAUAACUUAUUUUAUUCUGCGUAAUGUGGACUCUAUGUCAGAUAAUAACUUGAAACAAUAUGAUAUGUCAUGAAUUUGUAUAUGAAUCGAUCGUUAAUAUUAUCUGGUGUAAAAGAGAGGGGACAACUAAUCGCGACGUUGAAUCGGUUUAUUGAUAAUCGAAAAGUUACUCCAAUAUAUAGACUGUAACUUUCUUUUUCAUUUUGCAUCCUAAAUGGGAAUAGUGUACGUGAACUCUGUGUUAACAAAAAUUUUAAAAUACAUUCAAACUACGAAACCACAGAUUGCGAUUACAAUAAAUUUGAAUGCAAAAAAAAAAAAAAAGGUCAAAACUAUAGAACCGUAAUGAUUACUUUUAACUUAAAAAAUGUUUCGAGAUAGAAACAUCUCUAGUCUACGGACAUUCGUAGAAUACAGGAAAAUCACAUCUGAUUCCAAGAGAUCAGAAUAGUGAUCGAUCUUUCCUUUCGAUGUCCACUGUUCACAAUAAUGAACGCAAAGGCCAGUGAAUUAACAAGAGAAAUUAAUGUAACAACUGCAGUGAGGUACUUACGUAGCUAAAGUGACUUAAUUUAAAUUUUAAUUUAAAACGUGAGACAUCGCGCGAGCACAUUCCACAUAAAAACAUGCUUGUUACCCGACCUUCAACAUUCCAAGUUCGAACAGUAAUCAGAUCGCAAACAAUAUUAAAAAGCGAAUAAAAUUCGUUUCGUUGCAAAA